AUGUCAAACAAAGUAGAACAAUUCAGUAAGAUCGUAUCAAAGAUUGAACGGUUAGAAGAAUCGAUAGAGCGGAUUGCAAGCAAACUGUAUGUGGAUGAGAAAGACAGUAGUGGAGACGGGUCAAGGAUUAGGAAGAGGAAUUGGAAUGGUUCUAAUGGGUCAAAUCAGUCGAAGAAGAGACAGAAGAGAGCAUAUAGACAACUGGAUGUGACAAGUGUGUAUCAAGAAGGGCGAAGUAGCCUGGGACAGAUAAGUUCCUUGGAUAUGUUAGCGAAGGUGGUAUUAUUGCGAGAGGAUGAUGAUCGUACGGAAGAGCAGCAGGAUGACUUUCAAGACAAGGAAUAUAGUGCGGAAUAUGUUAGUGAACUAUUCCCCUCUCCAUUUGCAAACAAUAACGAGCUUCCAUUUGUGCAUCACGGUAGUAUGAACAGGUUUGGAAUUGUAUCUUCUUAUACCCUUCUAUCGCCAAAGGGUUUGGAGUUUCUAAAGUCUAAAUGCUUGAAUUCAGAUGUGGAACUGGGACAGCUUUCAGAAUGGUAUUCCACAGCAUUUCAAUCGAAGAGCAUGGCUAAUUUUGCGAUUCCUGUUAGUCUAAGAGAUUUACCUGCAGGAGAUAUCUUGGAGAAACUCUUAAAGGUUUACGCGAACUCAGGUGCCCCAAUAAUGUCAGUGCUCAGUUGUCAACUGGCAACUGAAAUAUAUGCUAAGUAUGUCUCUCAAGGAAUGAACGACAUGAAAGCAGCUGAAAGCAUGGUACUUAACGUUAUCCUGGCUCUUUCAUGCCUAAUAAUUAGGCAAGGAUUAAUAGAUGAUGAACAAAUUUCAAUUAUAUCUUUGGGUUUGACCCCACAGGAGAUGAAAGUGUACGAAGAUACUUUCAUUUCGAAUGCAUUGUACUUAACUCAUCGUGUCACGGUGAUUCCAGAUGGUUUAUUAUCAAUACAAGCGCUAUUAUGCCUAAUAACCUAUACAUGUCUAUCUGGAGCUAUUCAUGCAUCAUAUCUAUUAAUGUGCAUCAUGGCUAGGUUGUCGCAAGAUAUGGGGCUACACACCGAAUCAUUACUUCAUGGUCUUACUCCGCAACAGAAAUACAAUCGUCGUAGCCUGUGGUGGUUAUGUCGCUACUUUGACUUAAAGUUGUCGGUCACAUUAGGCAAACCUCCAGCGAUUGCUGAUUUUGAUAGUACAACUAAUAUACCAUCGGUGAAUAAGAAAGUAGAUCUGUUGGAAAUGGUUAUUCUAGGCUCUUCUAAAAAGUACAAUAAUUAUGAUGCGGAAUUUGCUGAUAAUAUAUAUCAGACAAUAUUAAAAACCGAUGGGUUCCUUCCUGUGGCUCGCCACUAUAUAUUUCGGUUAUGUGGUAUUACAAGUCGCAUAUAUGAAAGAUUGUGCAAUAAUACUAUUCACCAGACUCAAACAGUCCAGCAUAAGGCAAUUAGGAAAGCCAUUGAUGAAUUAGAAACUUUCAGAUUAUCUUUACCAAAAGAUUUGAAUCCAGGGCAAAAAUUUGUUGGCGAUAUAACAACUGCUCCCCAUGAGCAUAUGUCGACAAAAUCUAUUGCUUGGCUAAUAUAUGAAAUUCAACUGAAUUACCUAGUGAAUAUGAUGUUUGUGCAUAGAAGUUUAUUUAAAGUUGAAACCCGUUUGAAAUCUAAAGGAAAAAUUGAUUAUGAACCAGAGUACAAGAGUAUUGAAUCUGCUAGGGAUAUUUUAAACUGUGUUAUCAACAUGGAUUCCACGUUUGUUACGAUUAUAAUGAGGUCAAAACCAUGGUCGUUUGUAUUGGCCUUUUUUGACAUAUUUUUAUAUUCAAUAACCGCCCAAGAAGACAAAGACAUCAUAGAAUCAGAUGUUAAGCUUUUGUUGCAAUUUCAUAAUAAAAUUUGCGAAGGGUUACUGAUCCAACCAUAUUCUGUUGGAAGCUAUUUUUUUGAUAUAAAAUUGGAGAACGGAUGUGAUGUCCUACAUGUGCGUAAUAUGCUGUUCAUUUUCAAAUGUUUGACUAGCAUUUUAAGAAAUACUCAAGAGGCCAAGACCGGAAGGAAGCUUUUUCCUUCUGGCGAGGACAAGUUGUUGCAGUGUGAUCCUGAGUCACAUGACUUGAAGAAUCUGAUUCCUUCUUCUAACGAUAUUAUGAAUCCAUUCAAUUAUUCCAAUCUUGGAUUUGAAGCACCUUCUGAGGGUUUUGAUUUUUAA